UCCAGGCUCCAGUUUGUUGUCAGAAAGCUUUGGAGAGUCGUUGAGUUUUGGGGGCUGGUUUCUGGGGUCCAGGGGUCGCCCGAGGUCUGCUGCUGCAGCCAUGGCGGCCUCCACCGCGGCUGGGAAGCAGAGGAUUCCCAAAGUGGCCAAGGUGAAAAACAAAGCCCCGGCUGAGGUACAGAUAACUGCAGAACAACUCUUAAGAGAAGCUAAAGAAAGAGAACUUGAGCUUCUCCCACCUCCACCUCAACAGAAGAUCACAGAUGAAGAAGAGUUAAAUGAUUAUAAACUAAGGAAAAGGAAGACUUUUGAAGAUAACAUAAGAAAAAACAGGACUGUAAUUAGUAACUGGAUAAAAUACGCACAAUGGGAAGAGAGUCUAAAGGAGAUUCAAAGGGCUCGAUCCAUAUACGAACGUGCCUUAGAUGUGGACUAUCGAAAUAUUACACUCUGGCUGAAAUAUGCAGAAAUGGAAAUGAAGAAUCGCCAGGUCAACCAUGCCCGAAACAUCUGGGACAGGGCUAUAACAACCCUGCCUCGAGUCAACCAGUUCUGGUACAAGUACACAUACAUGGAGGAGAUGUUGGGAAACAUUGCUGGCGCCCGGCAGGUCUUUGAGCGCUGGAUGGAAUGGCAGCCUGAGGAGCAGGCCUGGCACUCCUACAUCAACUUUGAGCUGCGAUACAAAGAGGUGGAUCGGGCCCGCACCAUUUAUGAACGAUUUGUUCUUGUGCACCCCGAUGUGAAGAACUGGAUCAAGUAUGCCCGCUUUGAAGAAAAGCAUGGUUAUUUUGCCCAUGCACGAAAAGUGUAUGAGAGAGCUGUCGAAUUCUUUGGAGACGAACAUAUGGAUGAACACCUUUAUGUUGCCUUUGCCAAAUUUGAAGAAAAUCAGAAAGAAUUUGAAAGGGUACGAGUGAUCUACAAGUAUGCCCUGGACAGAAUUUCAAAACAAGAAGCCCAAGAACUCUUUAAAAAUUAUACCAUCUUUGAGAAGAAGUUUGGUGAUAGGCGGGGCAUUGAAGACAUCAUCGUGAGCAAACGGAGAUUCCAGUAUGAAGAGGAAGUGAAGGCUAAUCCACACAAUUAUGAUGCAUGGUUUGAUUACUUGCGCUUGGUGGAAAGUGAUGCAGAAGCAGAAACUGUGCGAGAAGUCUAUGAAAGAGCCAUUGCCAACGUCCCACCCAUUCAGGAGAAGCGGCACUGGAAGCGCUACAUCUAUCUUUGGGUCAACUAUGCACUCUAUGAAGAACUGGAGGCAAAGGAUCCUGAGAGGACAAGACAGGUGUAUCAAGCCUCUUUGGAACUAAUUCCUCAUAAAAAGUUCACAUUUGCCAAAAUGUGGUUACUAUAUGCACAAUUUGAAAUAAGACAGAAAAAUUUACCAUUUGCCAGAAGAGCUUUGGGAACUUCCAUAGGGAAAUGUCCAAAGAACAAGUUAUUUAAAGGUUACAUAGAAUUGGAGCUACAGCUUCGAGAAUUUGACAGAUGCCGGAAGCUUUAUGAAAAGUUCCUGGAAUUUGGACCUGAAAAUUGUACCUCUUGGAUUAAAUUUGCAGAAUUAGAGACAAUCCUUGGUGAUAUUGACAGAGCCCGCGCAAUCUAUGAGUUAGCCAUCAGUCAGCCACGCUUAGACAUGCCGGAGGUGCUUUGGAAAUCAUAUAUUGAUUUUGAAAUUGAGCAGGAAGAAACUGAAAGAACACGAAAUCUUUACCGACGAUUGCUUCAACGGACACAACAUGUCAAGGUAUGGAUCAGUUUUGCUCAGUUUGAGUUGUCUUCAGGGAAAGAAGGAAGUUUGGCGAAAUGCAGACAAAUUUAUGAAGAGGCUAACAAAACCAUGCGAAACUGUGAAGAAAAGGAAGAGAGACUUAUGCUGCUAGAAUCUUGGAGAAGCUUUGAAGAUGAAUUUGGAACAGUAUCAGAUAAGGAGAGAGUGGACAAACUCAUGCCAGAGAAAGUCAAGAAGAGAAGAAAGGUCCAGGCUGAUGAUGGGUCUGAUGCAGGCUGGGAAGAAUACUAUGAUUACAUCUUUCCGGAAGAUGCUGCCAACCAACCCAACCUCAAGCUCCUGGCCAUGGCCAAACUUUGGAAGAAACAGCAACAGGAAAAAGAGGCUGCUGAGCAAGACCCAGAUAAGGACAUCGACGAGAGUGAAUCUUGAUCUUCUUGUUCACAUUGAUAAAUAUUUUUAUUAUUUUUAUAAAUUAAUAGUUUGGAACUCUUGUGACUCCUGUAAGUUUUUAUAUAUUUCACCAGUAAUGAAUUGAUUGGAAUCUUUUUGAAUUAUUUUUAAAAUGCUCUUGGGUUAGUUAAGGAUGGGGGAUUGCAAGUAAAGGAAUUUUUUUAACUGCUGGA